AUGGCGUCCUGGCAGCGCCUGCCGACCGAAAUCAAGCUGGCCAUCUGGGGCUCCGUGGCCAAAGAUGCAGAAGACGACCGUCGCACACGGAAGCUGCAGCUCGACAAAAGCCAGAAACCGGUCAGCCUCGCUCCCUUUGCCGCCGUUGCUCUGGACUGGCAAUCGUUCUUUGAACAGGCCACCUUCCGCCGACUCUUCAUCGAGGACGAUGAGGUUGAUCGGUUUGUAGCCCUGGUCAAGGGCCCUCGCAAGAAGCAGCGUUUAGGCUACAUUCGGCAUCUGCAUUUCCACGGCCGUCUGGAUGACUACGACUGUUCGCAGUGCAGUACGCUGCCCAGUACAGAGGCCCUGAAGCGGGAUGACGAGCGGCUCGUGGUCGCCUUGUCAGCGUUGAUGGCGGUGCUCGCCACGUGGGACGACACACCCACCGGCCAGGACGGACAGGAUGGGCGGGAUAGUCAGAGUGGCCAGGACGGGCAAGGACCAGCCGGACUGACCUUGGAGCUGAGCUCGUCUUCGUGGAGCGACCCAUACCAUACGAUCCGCAACUUUCGACACUACCGCGAGUACCCCUAUGACGCAGUCGAGGACAUGGACGAGAGAUGCACCGCGUACGAUCGGUAUCAGGCCCGCGAGCGUGAUUUUCCAAACAAUACUCACGGGUGGGAAGCGGGUGACUGGAGGCAGCGCCUCGCUGGUGCCGCUUCCGCCAUCGGCCGCGUUCUGGGAGGUGAACCUCUCGGCCAUGCCAUGCAGCUUGCCCGCCCAACACAAGCAGGGGUCGCCAAGCAGCUCGACAACUCCCAAAGCGCCGAAAUUGGGGGCGUGGACGUUGUCCCGGUCAAGAUUGUCCACAAGCUCUUGAUGCGUCGUCGGUUUUACCGUGGCAUCGACCAGAGGCUCUUCCAGACGCUUGUGUCCUGUACCUCCAACGGGCUCGACGGGGCGCACAUGGAGGUGUGGGAGCCGGAGAGCAUCGGACAUGUGCAGAAGAUUGUUCGCUCAACACGUCUCCGGGAACAUGUCGCAUUGUCGUACGUGCUGGACGCUACGACCAUUUUUGAAAGUGCCAAGACGCAGUUGCAGGCGGCCAAGGACACAGCAACGGACCAAACAUCGCAGAUCACCGGCGCCUUUUGGCCUCGCCUCGCUACCCUCGCACUUACCGACAUUUGCCUGGCGCCCAACCAACCAGUUGAAUAUGGGUCGCGUGCUGUUCGAUUGGCAGCCGAAAUGAUCACGCAUCUGCCAGCUCUAGAGAUCCUAGAACUGUGGUAUGGCAACAAAGAGCAUGGCUGUCUGUUCCGUUUUGAGUCUACGCGGCGGUCGGCGGCAGCACGCCCCGUCAUCACGAUGCUGACAACGUGGGACGAGAAACCAACGUGGUGGACGCCCAAAUUGGAAUCCCUGUGGGCAGAAUCGGCAGCACUGUUCUCGCCGUAUCCGCUUCGUGUUGAGCAUCGCGUCUUGCCAGAGAUGUUGUCUCCCAGAAACAACCGCCUCGCACCGUAUAUGCGCGUCAUAGGAAAUCUUGAGUUACGCGAUCGCGUGAUCGAUCCGGUGUCACUUUAUGACAUGGUACAAGACCCGACAUAUGCAGUUUCUUGGCCAGAGUGA